UUACCAAACUGAUGUUUUCCCUUUGCAAUCCAAUAUCGUUAUUUCUAAGAGUGAUGGUUAAUAUUAGAAGUCGGCCGAUAAUCGGGCCGAUAUUUGACAUUUUUAAUGUAUCGGCAUUGGCCGAUAUCCGGUGUAGUACGCCGAUUUACAGACAGGCACGUCUGCGGGCAGCCCAGUGUUAUUGUUGUUGUGAAACACGUGACUCAUGCUGCCUUGUGUAGGACCCUAGCCAGAAGUUUUGGAAGAGUAACGGUAAGGCUUAAAUUCUGAUCCUUCAAAGACCUAUUUAUGUAACUGGUUUGCUAUGAAAUGUUGCUUGAAAAGAAAACGUGAGCCCUUUUGAAAGAGAAUGUGAACUACGCUGUCGGGAACUGGCAUAAUGAUAAUGAGCCUUCAACCAACCGCAGCUUACAGAAUCUGUAGAGUGCUGAAGAUAAGGUGUUGAGUUUCCGUAUAACGUCAUAGCGCUUACCUUCAGCAAUCCUUCCAUACACCCAAUAGCUCUUAAGGACUGUCAACUGCAGACCUGCACAGCCUACACUGAAGGAGUCAAGACCAUGGGUGACAAGAGCUUCACCACUGAGUUGAUGACAAGUGACUAUACUGAUUACAGUUUACCUUCAGAUAAUGGAUUGUGUGAGUACGAGAGACACAGUGCUGGUUUCCUGCCUGUCUUUUAUUCCCUGCUCUUCGUGUUCGGGUUAAUCAGCAAUGGCCUCGUCUUGUGGGUCAUGCUGAUGUGUGUGAAGCUGCAGAGCAUCACCGACAUGUGUCUCCUGAACCUGACUGUGGCGGAUCUUCUGCUGCUCAUCACCCUGCCCUUCCUGGCCCACUACUCGAGAGCGGACUGGGUCUUUGGUCCUGGCAUGUGCAAAGUCGUCAUGAGCAGCUACUACAUUGGGUUUAAUGGCAGCAUCUUCUUCAUCGUAAUCAUGAGCAUCGACCGCUAUCUGGCUGUAGUUCAUGCUGUGAGUUCCCUCAAAACCAGAACACGCAGAUAUCAAGCCAUCAUGAUUGGCAUAACCUGGAUCCUCGCACUUUUGGCUUCAUUUCCUGAAAUAGCACUUGUUGAAUUUCAUUCCCAAAAUGAUACAAGGUUGUGUGAAUUUGGUCAUGAGACUAAGGUACAGUGGAGAGCAUUUGGCCUAUUUAAAAUGAAUGUGACUAGCCUUCUGAUUCCAUUCUUCAUCAUGGUGUUUUGCUACUCGAUGAUUCUGAGGAGAAUACUUUUCCUCAAAUCAACAAAGAAGACCAUAUGCCUCGUGCUGCUGGUGGUCAUGGUGUUUUUUUGCUGUUGGACCCCCUACAAUGUUGCAUCAUUCUUCUACGCACUAGAACUGGUCAAUAUCUACAUACCAUGUGAAUCCAGCAAAGUCAUUCGGUUGAGCCUGCAGGUGACGGAGGCUGUAGCCUACUCCCACACCUGCUUGAAUCCCAUCAUUUAUGUCUUUGUGGGCCAGAAGUUCAGGAGUCACCUGUUUAAACUUAUGAACAGGAUGCCAUGCGUGUAUAAUAAACUUAUCAUUUCCAGUGUUGCAUCAGAGUCAAGCGAAUCUCAUCGGUCCAAUACAACUACAAAUGCCACUUCUGUUGCUUAAAGUUCAAAUUUGUCCUACAACGCUAGGCUCAUAUUUUGCUUUGAAUUAUUUCCACCCCCAGUCAAACAAAGCUGAACAGACCAUAAUGCACACCUUGAUAUGCUGCUUAAAGCAUGUUAUGUACAUGGAUGCAUGAUAUUUCAUAAGCUUAAUAAGCUCUUCAUCUUCUAUUUUUGUAUAUUACAUUUGUAUCCAAGCUCAUUAAAUAUAGAGUAUUAAUCCAUUUUUUAAAAAGCAAAAAAAUUUACUUUCAGAUGGAUUGUGUGCAUCAUCUCCUGUUGCUUUCAGACAGGUCUUUUAGUGCUGUGUUGACCCAAAGUAAUCCACUGGGUUUAUCAAUCUGCACAUUCCUUUAAGCUGCAUCACACUGCUAUCUGUGAUUCUGUGCUAUCUGUGAUCUGAAGAGGGGACUCGGAUCCAUCCAUACAUACGAGCGUAUUCCUGUUGGCCCAUUCUGUUAAUCCCUUAGUCUCGAUCUUUCUUUGCAUUAGCUGGUGUUGCUUUAUCAGAUUUAGUCUUCUGUGUGGAACAAAACGCAAUAUAAUGGCAGCCAAAUCAAUAAAGUAAGUUUAAAAAA